AUGGAGCGUUGUGAUUUUUGUAUAAGAAAAAAGUUGAAACCCUUAGCAACUCCAAGCCGUAACCUUCCAAAAACUUUUGUUUCUCAAAAACAAGUUAAUCUAAGUCUAAUUGAAUCAAGAGCUAAGAGACUUUUGCAAAGGAACCUCAGAAAAGCAAGAAGUGAGGUUAAAGCUACAUUUAUUAACAACAAUACCUUAACACAAGAAACACCAUUACUUGAAGGUUUCAGUUUGGAAAAUAACCCAGAAAAACAGCCAGAUUCAACUACAAUAAAAAGCAAUCAAGACAGCAAUCUUUUCAACACUGGUUAUUUAGUCUUGCAAGAUAACAGUCUAUUAGAAUGCAAUAUUUUGAACGAAGACAUAUUUUCUGCUGACAGCCACAAUCCCAGUCCUUUGUUACCCAGCGAUAAUAGUUUUGACUCGAAUGUGUUUCUGGCUGCAAAGUCACAACUAAACACUGAGCCUGUUAUGUCAAAAGUAAUAGAUGCUGCUACACAAACCAGCAUAGAUGACAGUGAUCCUAUUCUCAAAAGUAAGGUUGACGUAGGAGUCCAGGUCAUGCCAUAUGAAAUAAAAAAAUUUUCAAUUGGUGAUCGUUUGAAAACAUAUGAGCAUUUAAAUGUAUUUACUGGUAUUGGAUCUUUCAAACUAUUGGACUCCCUAAUAACAUGCAUGUCAAGAUUAAAGCAAGAACAAGGCAAGAAUAGAUAUACUCUUCCACACAGAGACAGAAUAUUAUUAACAAUGAUACGUGUUAAGUUGAAUAUUUCAUACACCUGCCUUUCAGUUUUUUUCUCAAUAUGUCCAAAUACAUGUAAGAAUGUAUUUUUGGAAACAAUAUGUGAUCUUAGUAUCAUUCUUUUACCAGUGAUCAGAUGGCCACCCAAAGAAGAAAUAUUGAAGAAUAUGCCUCAAUGCUUUCAAAAGUAUACAAGUACUGUUGGUGUUCUUGAUUGUACAGAAAUGAAAGUUGAAAAAGUGCAUUGUUUGACAUGCAAAAUUCGUACCUUCUCAUUUUAUAAAGGAGGUAACACUAGCAAAGUUAUGAUAUGUAUUACACCUUCUGGAUUUAUAUCAUAUGUCAGCUCUUGUUAUGGUGGCCGUUCAUCUGAUAAGCAAAUUUUUAAUGAGUCAGAUAUUGUGCAAAAAAAAACUAUGCCCAAUAGAGACAGUUUGAUGGUAGACAAGGGUUUUCUCAUUGAAGCUGAAUGUACAUUAGCUGGAGUCAAGUUGAUAAGACCACCUUUCUGCAAGAAUAAAAAAUUAACACGUGAUAAAAGUCAUGAGACAGCUACCAUUGCUGCAGCACGAGUACAUGUAGAGAGAACAAUCCAGCGUAUCAAACAGUUUGAAUUAUUAAAAGGAAUUAUUCCUCAUUACUUGGUCAAAAGUUUGGAUUACAUCUUAAUUACUGUAUGUGGCUUAGUGAAUCUCAGCCCACCUAUUUUAGGAGAAGAUAAAUUUUUAUAA